AUGGACACAUCCGAGACAUCAAGCGAUUCUCCAGAAGGGUGUGAGAGCAUUCCUCAGCAACCUCGAAAACCGAUCCCUAGAAAGGGACAUACGAAGUCGCGUCGGGGGUGCUUCAACUGCAAAAGACGUAGAAUUAAAUGCAAUGAAAAACACCCCGAAUGCAAUCACUGCAUCAAGGCAGGAUUACAAUGCGAAUAUCCAGCGAAUAUUAUCCAGACCACGCAAAGAGCCCCAAGUUCUCCCAGUCCUCAGGAAAUGGUGAAUCUGCGUUCGAUGCCCGGAAUGUUCACUCUCAAGGAUAUGCGAUUAUUCCAUCAUUUUCUCAUCACAGCGUAUCCGCACUUACCAGUCGGCGCCGACAAGAUCUGGAUAACUGUGAUUCCAAGCUUUGCGCAUAAUUAUGAAUACCUUAUCCAUUCAAUCCUUGCUUUAUCUGCAUCACAUCUCGAUGCCGUUUCGAGCGCAAGCGUUGCCGAAGAGGCGAUAUCACAUCGAAUCCUAGCGGUGAAGUCUUUGAAUGAAGCACUUUCGGUACCGCCAAAGACUAGAAGUGAGCGGGAUGCGAGGAUGGCGGCAGCAUUAGCCCUCGCAUUCCAAUCAAGCCAUCUGCAGGAUGGACUGUUCGAGUUCCUGACAAUGGUUAGAGGAUGCAAUCUGAUAGCAGGAGACGAUGCAUUGAUGAAUGCCGAUUCGGCUUUCCAUGCAUUCCGAGAAGAUGGACAUCUCCAAACAAUGAAGAACCGCCUUGCGACAUUUCAAUUAAAUGGGGUGAACCGAGAUGAUCUUGACUCGGCCGCACUGUCCCUUCGUGCUAUUGAACUCCUUAAUAUGACUGAUUGGGAGAAGACUUUCUGGGACAUAUUAGUCAGAACGGUGGAUCACGCUUACGACAGGCCAGUGGAGGCUUAUACCACUUUUGUCCUUCUGUACAACGCCCCGUCGAGAUGGACACACGAUGAGUUUCAGUCCUUCAUCGACCCGAAUAACACCGUAGCUCAGAUAUUGCUCGCACAUUUCAUUGCUAUCCAGGCAAUUUUAACGCCUAUCCUGAUACUCGAAAGAGUCGGAUUCACAGGAGUCGAUGCCCCGACUGCGGUCCUUGGAUGGAUUGAAGGAAUAUACAAGAAUGUGCCGCUGAAUUUAAGAUCACAUGUCGAAUGGUGUAGGCAGGUGUCGAGGUAUCCAUUCAUUAGGUUCCUAGGCCAGAGGCAGAUAGAGUACUAUGAAUAA